AUGCCUUCUCCGAUGACCGUGUUUACUUUUUUGGCUAUUUGCAUUGCCUUAUCUGUAGCUGGACCUCUUCCUUAUAAGCAGGACGGUAGUGGUCAUGGAGAGGCCACUAGCUAUGCUGUUGUAACCCAACACAAUGACAAGGGAAGUGGUUCGGCAAAAUACGGUAAAUCUGACGUCCAUUCUGGACAUGGUGAUGAUCAUUCGGGAGAUUAUUACAGCUAUCCUAAAUAUGAUUUCGCCUAUGGUGUUGAGGACUCGAAAACCGGUGAUAUCAAAGAACAACAGGAAUCCCGAGAUGGAGAUAAAGUACAAGGAAGCUAUUCUCUCAAGGAAUCCGAUGGCACAACUCGUCUAGUGACAUAUACUUCCGAUAAGAAGAGCGGUUUCGAGGCUACGGUUCAUAAAAUUGGUCAAGCCAAUGCCGGAUCCGGUUAUAAGCAUGGUCAUUAAAAACGAUACAUAUAUUGUUGGAAUUUUGGUUCAUAAUGUGAAAAGAGGAACAUCUAAAUGUCGAGUUAAAUAAAUUGAAAAUAUU